CUAAUAUGAUAUUAUCUACUGUUUGAGAAUUUAAUUCUUCAGCAAGUGAUAACUCUCAUUAUAUUUUGGAAGCUAGCCAGUUACGUCGAGACGGUGACGCAUCAUGUGUUACUUCUGUAUAUAAAAAUCGAGACGUUUCGAAGCUCACGUUUAGUAUCAACGAUAGUACGAGAAGAUCGGUUCUCUCUGAACUUUUAUCAGUGUUUCAUCGAUUACGCCAAGUUGAUUCAACAAAUCGAUAACUUAAUUAAUUUCGAAAAGUUGAAAGAGAGUUUUGGUUUGUGUCUUAUAUGCGACAUUUAUUAAUUUGGAUAUAUCUGCGAAAGAUAUAAAAAAUUAUACAAGGGAUAUUUUAUGAUCUUUGCGGUAAGAUGUCUUUUAGCAGAUAUACGACGCAUCGCCGAAAGUGUAUUUUGUUAACUAGACAAUUUACGGAUAGUGCAACUGGUAAAGAUGCCAGUGGAAAUGUAACAAGUAUCACGAAUAAACUUUUACGCUCCAUAAACGAUAUAAAAAAAGUCAAAAUGUCGAUGCAGAAUCAAUGGAAGCUUUUGUCACAAUUAAAGGAUUAUCUGAAUAAGACCAACUGCGAUAAAAAUCAAAUUAAUGUCUCUAAGGAUUGGUUGGAUAUUCUGCAGAAAUUAACCUACUCGCAGCUCGAAACAAUACGAAAAUUAUCAUCAGACUCUAUUAAAAGCACUGAUACAAGCAAGAGCUCGAAUACAAAGCAUAAAGAAAGCAAUGAUUCAGAAAAUGUGAAACUAACAUUUAUGUCCAAUCAAACAGAAUCGCUUAUAGAUAAUUCUACUAUGCAACAAAAAAUACAGCAGCAAACUAGCGAACAAAGUAUGCCUGAUAAUAAAAUAGAAUCAAAAGAAAGUUUUACAAUGCCACAAAUUCUCUCUACAUUGUUUUUGAAGUUAUCUCCCAAAAGUACACAAACUACCAAACUAACUAUACCAAAGUGGAAAGUGAAUGUUCAUAGUAUUUCAAAGCAUAGUAUUGUAUCUCGUACACGACACGUCUUGAACAGUAUCGUAUCAGCCGAGUCGAAUGCUUCUAAGUUGCGGAGAAUCGAGGAUUUGUUAUUGCAUAUCGAUCAGUAUCCGGAGGCGAGACAUUACGCGAUCAAGGAGGGAGCGAUUAAGAUUUUACUGCGAACUCGUCAGAAGACGAAGGAUGAACAAAUUAAUGCAUCUAUCAGGGAAGCGCUGGCGCUAAUGGGAUAUAUCGAUCCUCUACCCGGUCGGGGCAUCAGAAUCUUAUCGAUCGACGGCGGUGGUAUUCGCGGAGUAUUAGUUGUAGAGAUGUUGAAGAAAUUGGAGGAACUCACAGGAAAAAAGACGCAUGAAAUGUUUGAUUACAUAUGUGGCGUCAGUACAGGCGCCAUUCUUGCUGCUGUGUUAGUAUUACCAAAGGAUGCUUUGGAAGGGGGAUACAAGAGAAAAUCAUUGGACGAAGUUUCGAGAUUAUACAAAGAACUGAGCAUCAGAGUGUUUACGCAGAGUGCCAUAAAAGGCACAAGCAGUCUAGUUUGGAGUCACGCGUAUUACGACACUGCAUUAUGGGAACAAUUAUUGGAGGAACAUUUAGGCGACAAAAUUCUUAUCAAAACUACGCGUGAUCCAAAUGCACCAAAGUUUUCAGCAAUAUCCGCCGUGGUAAAUCACGGGAACGUUAUGGCUUAUGUAUUUAGAAAUUACACAUUACCGUAUGGAAUGGAAAGUCAGUACAUGGGAUCUCAUAAAUAUAAAUUAUGGGAAGCCGUAAGAGCGUCAGCUGCUGCACCGAGUUACUUUGAGGAAUUUAAAUAUGGCGACUAUCUUCAUCAGGAUGGUGGCAUUCUAGUAAAUAAUCCAUGCGCCGUAGCGAUUCACGAAGCCAAACAGCUGUGGCCAAAUAAUCCAAUUCAAUGCGUUGUAUCAUUCGGCACUGGUCGAAUUCCACAUCAUUUCUAUGAAAACGAAUCUAUGGAAGUCGAGAUCUCAAGCUGGAGGGAAAAAUUCUACAAAAUUUUGGAUAGCGCCACUGAUACAGAAGCUGUGCAUACGAUGCUGAAUGAUCUGCUACCUGACCACAUUUACUUUAGGUUCAACCCCUAUUUAACGGAAAUGCAAUCAAUGGUGGAAAUUCGAUCUGAAAAGAUUAGUCUAAUGGAACAAGAUGCAAGAAUGUACAUACGUCGAAACGAAGAGAAAUUUCAAAAGGCUGCUGCUGCUUUACUGAAAAAGCGGCGGAUCCAACAGAAAAUUGCUGAUUAUAUUACUUUGCAAAGACAAUUAUUAGGUCUAUAUCGUAAAGCUCAUCGUAAUGGCAUCAAGAAGCCUAAGAGGUACAGACACGAAUCCACACUUGGUAUGGAUUUGAAAUUCCUGAGGAAUCAGCGCUUUGCCAAGAAGCAUAAUCUUAAACCGAAGGAACUGUAUAAAAUUAUACAGUUAUAUUAUAUCAAUAUGGCCGCGGAACAGGUUAAACUAGACACAUGCGAUUUUUCCACGAAAUUCGAGAUAAAUAAUUCGACGAAACCGAAGAGAAUUCUAUUGUUUAGCGGCAAGAGAAAGUCCGGAAAGGAUUAUAUCACUGAUAAUUUGCAUAAAAGAAUUGGUUCGCAAAGGAGUGUAAUUAUACGAUUAUCAGGGCCUAUAAAAACGCACUGGGCAAAAUCUUUGAAUCUUGAUAUCAACCAAUUACUGGGACAUGGAGAAUACAAGGAAAAAUAUCGACUUGAUAUGGUUAAGUGGGGAGAAGAUAUGCGAAAGAAAGAUUAUGGCUACUUUUGUCGUGCUGCUAUUGAUAUGUAUAAUGCAAGGGGUAAGCCAGUGUGGAUAAUAAGUGAUAUUAGAAGAAAGACUGAUAUUAAGUGGUUUAUGGAAAAUUUUGGAGAUUUAUGUAAAAAUAUACAUAUAGCCUGCUCUGAGGAAGUUAGACAAAAACGUGGCUGGAUCUUUACACCAAGUAUAGAUGAUUCAGAAACAGAGUGUGAUUUGGACAAUGUAAGUGAUUGGGAUUUGUUGCUGGAGAACAAUGAUGAUAGUGAUACAGAAGCUAUACUGCAACAACUAUUAGGACUAUGUGUAACUGUCAAAGACAAAUCAUUAAUAAGAUCCAUUGGAAUAAUGGAACACACGAUUCCAUCCGAUAUCCUUGACGAUCUCAGCAGUCGAUUUAUCAUUAAUGUCCCUGAGGAAGAAAGGAAAGACUUGGUGCGAAUUUGCUUCCAAAUUGAAUUGGCACAUUGGUUUUACCUUGACUUCUACUGCACAGAGGAGAAUCCUAAAUUAAGAUCAUGUAACAUGAAGGAAUUUGCCACCCAUAUAUUCCAGCACAUACCUUUUUUGAAGCCACAUCUGCAGCAUAUUGAUGCUGUUCUCGACCAAUGGAGAGAAUACAAGCAGAAUGUGCCAACAUUUGGAGCGAUUGUGCUAAAUGAGGACAUGACCAAGGUGCUGUUGGUGCAGAGCUACUGGGCAAAGAACAGCUGGAGUUUUCCCAAAGGAAAAGUAAAUGAGGAUGAGGAGCCUUUUCUUUGCGCCAUUCGAGAAGUGCUGGAAGAAACUGGUUUUGAUAUAUCUAAUUUGAUAGAUAAAAACGAAUAUAUUGAAUCUAUAAUAAAUGAUCAAGUAGUGAGACUGUACAUUAUCUCGGGUGUGCAAAAAGAUACAAAGUUCCAACCGAAAACGCGGAAAGAAAUAAAAAAUGUCGAGUGGUUUUCUGUGGUAGAUUUGCCCAAUACUAAGAAAGAUAUGACUCCUAAAGUGAAAAUUGGCGUUGGACCAAACGCGUUUUUUAUGGUUGUACCUUUUGUCAAACGGGUGAAGCGGUGGAUUCAAGAGAAACAGCAACGUGAAAAAAAUGCCAUUAUGACCGUCCGAAGACAAAGGCAUAAAUCGUUGGGAGAAGUCGAGACGGUUUCGAAGAGCAAACGACAGCAGAUACUUUUCCAUAAUUUUUCCACUUGCCCACCACAAAGUGAAGUUCCAGAUUUUAAGAUCAACCGUCAAUCGAACAUCUCUCCGGCUCGCAAUCGUCGUGGUACAAGUGACAAUAAGAAAGACGCUGUAUCGAAAGCAGCCUUUAAACGGAAUCUAUUUGGAGAUCACGAAGAAACUCAAUCACAGGGUCUCGCUAGACAUUUGAUAGACAGCCCUGCUCAGCCAUGCUCAUUUCUAAUCGAUCCUGCGAUCCAGUCAAUCAAGUACAAUGAUUUCAAUUACAAAGCUCAAUCUUGGGAAGAAGUAAAAGACUGUCGCAAGAAAAGCCUACCAGAGGGAAAUAUUAAGGCGUUACUGUUUGGAGAAGCUGCACGCAAAUUACAAAAGGAUUUUACAACCGUUUCAUCGCUUCCUUUUAUAAAUGUAGAACACGACGAUUCACCGCUUUUAACGAAGAAUUACAUGGAUUAUCAAGAUCUUUCUGCUGCUGAUUUUUAUUUAGAGAGUUGGAAGAAUUUUAAAUUUGAUAGACAAGAAAUACUGAAAACUCUAGAGUCAUUAUGUAUAUAAUAAUUCGGAAGAAUGGAUUACCAGAAGUAUAGAUAUAUUAAUCUCUAGGAGAGCAGGAACUUUCGAUCUCUGCAGAUUACGAAAAGUUAUUGCACGUUUAAAACGUGUUAUUAUUUCUAAUUAUCAUUUAUAUUAUUCAAUAUCCUUCUAAUAUUGAUUUAAAUUUGAAUUUGUUUCAAUUUUUGAUCUCUCUUGUAUAUAUUUAUCUUACUAUAUACAUACUAUAUAUAUAUAUUAUCCGAACAUAAGCCUCUCUAUCCUAUAACGUGAUGAUAAAUUUAGUGGAAAUUCAUAUGCUUUGAAUUUACCGUUAUAUGAAAACUGAUUACAGAGAAAAGAAGCCGUAUGUCGCGUAAAUAAGAUUUUAAAAGUAUUUUAUACUUUUAAAUUUGAAACAAAAUAAAGUUUCAAUUUAGCAGUCUAUUAAGAGCUGGAUGAUAGUGCAUCAGUUUCACAGAAAAUUAAUUUUUCUUUGAAACUGAUUAAUGUACACGGGGCACAAAUUUUUCUUCGUCCUAUACCAAGUAUAAAUAAAUCUCAAUAACCUGCUGAAUUCAAAUUUGUGUUUUGUUGCUUUUUAACCAAAUCUUUAUAAUUUAGUAUUUUCGAUAUGAUAAACUUUAAGAAACAGGUUAUUCUUAAAUCAUGUCAUACAAAUAAUGGUGGUAAUCCAUUUAUAACUAUAGAAAGACAAUUACAGCGCAUAAAUAAUAUAUUGUACAUUUUGGUUUUGAUAUCAGCACUUUCUUGCUGAAAUUGUUAUAAUCUUUCUUUUCUUUUUCUUUUUUUUUUUUUUUA